CACCCAAAAGAAGGAAAGAAAAAAAAAAAGAAUAUAAUUAAUAUUUCCUCUCUGCAAAAAUAACUUCGCUUCCACUUCCCCUUCUGCUUCACCUGCAGGAGACGUUGCCUUCUUCUUCCUCUUCUUCUUCUUCUUCUUCCGUUGCCUGCCAACCCCUCCGAUCACUUCCUUCUCACCAACCCCAUCUCUAUCCCUCUCUCUCUCUGUGUCUGCAAGUGGGAACGGAAUCUCUCGGUCUUCCCGCCUAUGGACGAUUCAGCCGAGGAGGCUCCUUGACGUCAGCACCAACUCCAUUGAAGCAGCAGCCCCACGCGUCCUCCGCUCUCCUCAAAUUCGUCGCCCCCCUCUCCUUCAGCUGCUGACAGCAAAGCAGGGACUGUAGAUUCCAGGUAUUUCUCGGGGACUUCCGACUGUUCAUGCUGAGGUUCGAGUCCGUAUCUUGAAUAUUGUAAGUAAACACAAAUGGGAACACAAUUACUGGAAAUUCAACCCCACGAGCUCAAAUUUGUAUUUGAGCUGAAGAAGCAGAGCGCUUGCUCUAUUCAGCUUGUGAAUAAGACUCAGCACCAUGUUGCUUUUAAGGUUAAAACUACUUCUCCAAAGAAAUACUGCGUCCGACCCAAUGUUGGCAUUGUCAUGCCGAAAUCAACAUGCGAAUUCGCUGUUACAAUGCAAGCUCAACGUUCUGCGCCAACCGACAUGAUGUGCAAGGACAAGUUCUUAAUCCAAAGCACAGUUGUUCCUGCUGGUACAACUGAAGAGGACAUUACAACUGAAGUGUUUUCCAAGGUGGAAGGCAAGUUUAUAGAAGAGAACAAGCUGAGAGUUGCCUUGGUCAGCCCACCAGAGUCACCAGUACUUUCACCAAUCAAUGGAGCGCUGAAGCAGGGCGUAAUUGAAGCUCCGACUCUAAAAGGUCAUCAUGGAUUGAGUGAAGUUGACUUCAUCAAGACACAGCCCAAAGUAGCCAAGGCUGUCGAUCCACCCAAAGUGGUAAAUGACAAGGAAAGUCCAGAAAAAGAUGAGAAAAUUAAGCCAGCUGAGGAGGUUGUUGUAAUGAAGGUGGCAAAGGAUGUGGAGCCAUAUGUGAAGGAUGUAAAAUUAUGCACUAAAGAUGACGUUGAGGGAAAGAAUCUAGUCAAAGACAUUGCAGAGUUAAAGACGAAGUUGAGUGAGCUCGAGUCAAAACUAGGCGGGGCUGAAGCAACAAUCUCAAAGCUCAUUGAGGAGAGGAAAAUGAGCCCUCAAGAGAGAGAGAUUUUGAAGGAAGAUCUGGCAUUGCUAAGGAGCCGGAAAGGUAACAAAACAGUUCACGAUGGGUUUCCGCUUCUAUUUGUCAUUAUGGUUGCUCUGAUCAGCGUGACCUUCGGAUACAUUUCACGUUAGAGAACAGCGCGUAUAUCAAAUCACCGCAUGCUACACAGAUUCUCUUUGUUGGUAGGCAGAAAUGUUAGAUAACGGAAAUCCUAUAUAUGGGUCCAUGUCGGGCAUGAAGUCGGAGUGUGGAAGGGGAAAAUCAACGGACAUUAUUUCCUUUUCUUGUCUCAUAAUUUUCCUGGCUUGUUUCUGUAAAUGCUGCUGAAUUUGUGCCUAAAAGAGUUAGGAUUAAUUUGUUUACUUUUAACUGAUAGAUGAGUAUGCAGGCUUGGGACUUUUGCAGAUAUACAGUGUAAUGUAUAGACUCAACUUUCCAGUGUAGUUGUCCGAUGGUUUCUCUUUUGCUUGUCUA